UCCAGACGAGUGUAACGUGUAAUGUAAGAUUACGUGUAAUUUAGUAUCAACAGUGUGGACGGCACACGAACUAAAGCGAAUUGUGAACGCGAAAAUAUUUCAAAAGCUGUUUCCACUCAGUUGCUACGAACAUGCCGAAUAGGAAGGUCGUGAUAGCUGGUGCGGCUUUUAUUUUCAUGUAUUUACUAACUGAAGACCGCAAAAGUCGGAAGCGUCGAUGGUGGAAAACUAAUUUGUAUAAAAGAAGAUCUUCUUUACUUGUGGAACUAAAAUCUCAACAUAUAAGUGGUCAAUAUAAAAACUUUACCCGGAUGUCGCCUACUGACUUCGAAUAUUUGUUAACAAUCAUUGCGCCUAAAAUAUCAAGACAAGACACUAUAAUGAGAUCUGCAAUUUCGCCGCAAGAUAGACUGGCUCUAACACUAAGAUUUUUGGCAACAGGAGAUUCAUUUACAAGCCUUCAAUACACCUUCAGAAUUUCAAAACAGUCAAUGUCUUGCAUUGUACCAGAAGUUUGUGAAGCGAUUAUAAAAGCAUUGAAAGAAAACAUUAAGCUGCCAAAAACAGAGUCAGAAUGGAUCCAGAUCUCAAACAGAUUUGAUGAAUUGUGGAAUUUUCCCCAUUGUGCCGGAGCCAUGGACGGUAAACAUGUCAUUCUCGAGGCUCCGGUACAUAGUGGCACAGAAUAUCGUAACUACAAAUCUAAUUUCAGUAUAGUGAUGUUUGCUUUAGUAGACGCGGAAUAUAAUUAUAAAUUUCUGGAUGUCGGAUGUCAAGGCCGCAUUUCAGAUGGUGGAAUUUUUAAGGAAACUGAAUUAUAUAAAAAACUAGAAAAUAAUUCGUUAAGAUUGCCUGCACCUGAAGCACUGCAAGGUAGAAACAAAGUAGUACCAUAUGUUUUUGUAGGAGACUCUGCCUUCCCUUUACAAAACAAUAUAAUGAAACCCUAUCCAGGAGAAUACCCCAAGGGAUCGCCGCGAAGAAUUUUUAAUUACCGGUUAAGCAGAGCUCGCAGGAUUGUAGAAAAUGUAUUUGGUAUCACAGCAUCUGUGUUCAGAGUUCUACGAAAACCUAUGCUCCUUCAGCCCAAAACCGUGGAGACUAUAGUCAUGGCUAUUGCACACUUGCAUAAUUUUUUGAGAAACACGGAUUCAUCUAAAAACUUGUAUGCACCCCCUGGCUCACUUGACAGCGACCAAAACGGAAGAUUAUGUGAAGGUAGUUGGCGGAGAGAUUGUGAAAUGUCAUCUUUACUUCCAUUGAAUAAUGUACCUAGAAGAGCUGCCUCAACGGCAAAACAAAUUAGGGAUGAGUUUAAUGACUAUUUUAUGAACGAGGGUACAGUUUCUUGGCAGAAUACAUAUUGUUUAAAAUUGUAUAGCACACUGGCCGCUUACAAAAAAGGUUAAUAUUCAAGUGAAGAAAAAUAGUGAUCUUCUUUUGUUAAUUUUUUCACAAUGGUUGUCAUAAAUUGGAAUUACUCACGAUAUGUUUAAGUUUUGAGUUUUUAUAUUAUAGUUUUAUUUUUAUUUACCAACACGUAGUUAUUUUAUUUUAUCUCGGCAUAUUUCGGUUGAACAUUUUGGUCCUUACGAGCUGGAUUGUGUAGUAAGCAAGAAAGUGAGUUUGCCGUGAAAGUGCCAGGUAAAAGGAAGCAGUAGCUCGUUGAUGAUACCAGGCCCUGCAACAGCAGAGCUUUGGAGAUUAAGCAGCAUCAUCCAACGCAGUCUACUACCGCAGAGGUGCGGAGGAAGUGAGUGCAAAAGUGCAAUACGUGUUGGUGAACCGUGAGUAAAUUUAACAUUAUUACGUGAUAGAUAAGGGUAAUCAAGCAAGAUUAGUAUAGCUGGUUACCAAAGACAAAAUGGAGCUAUUAAAUGUUCAAUACAAUAUCAUGGAGCAAUUAAAAAAGUCCAAAAUUAACUUUAAGAAGAGUCCUAAGGAAAGAUUGUCGAAAACACAUAUAGAAACCAGGUUGCAAACUAUCGACUCUAAAUGGUCAGAAUUUACAGGAAAUCAUUACAAAUUGUUACAAAUUAAAGACAUAUCUGAGUUUAGUUAUUUUAAAGAUGGGCUUUAUGAUGACACAGAAGAAUUUUAUAUAGAGUUUAAAUCCGAGCUAAGGGAUUUUGUAGAAAAGUUGACGUCUACGAAUAAAGACACAAUUCCGUCAGAAGAAUUGUCAUCUUUCAAUGUCGCAUGCAGUAGUAAAGGCAAUGUCAAGCUCCCAAAAAUAGCGAUCCCGACGUUCUCCGGAAAGUACACCGAGUGGACGACAUUUCGCGAUUUGUUUCUGUCCUUGGUACACAACAACAGCUCCAUCAACGAUGUCCAGAAGCUACAUUAUUUAAAAGGGAGUUUAGCAGGAGAGGCAGAGCAGUUAUUGCGUCACAUACCGAUAACUUAUGAAAAUUAUUCGCAGUGUUGGUCUACGUUAGAGAGUAGAUAUGAUAAUAAACAGUUCCUAGUAAAUUGUAUAUUAAAUAGCUUUUUUUGUAAGAGAAAAAUAGAAAGAGAGUCAGCCACCGCCAUGAAAGAUUUGUUAAAUAGUACUGUAGAUAUGUUGAAUGGUAUAAAAAGUUUAGGUAUUAAUAUAGAGUCCUGGGAUAUUUUGAUUAUUUAUAUAGUUAGUGCAAAACUGGACCAAGAGUCGCGCAAGCAAUGGGAGGCUAAAGUUAGUCAACUUUUAUUACAGUCAAAUGUAUUACCCGAUUUGAAACAAUUUAAAGAGUUUUUGGAAAAUAGGUUUCAUUCACUAGAAUUUUUAGAUAACAAAAUAAAUGAAUUUAAUAAAACCAAAGAGUAUAAUAGUCAUCAAGCUACAGCCAACCCUUCUAAAAUAGUGAGUAUGUUAGGAAUGGAGCAAACGUGUCCAUAUUGUAAAGAAAGUCAUAAGCUUAGCAAUUGUAACGAUUUUUCGAAUUUAAUUUAUAGUGAAAGACGUCAGUUUGCUGAAAUGAACAGAAUUUGUUUCAAAUGCCUUGUGGCAAACCAUUUAGCAAAGAAUUGUCGCAGUAGUAAUUUUUGUAGUAUCUGUAACCAGCGACACCAUUCUCUCUUACACCAAUUUCCUGCAAGCUUCAAAGAAAGUGAGAAUGAUGAUAAGUGUCAAGAAGUUACCUCUGACGCACCAGUUGUGUUAGGAGAUAAUAUGACACAUAUUAAAAGUCACCUUUUAAGAAAAAAUUCUAAGCAUGUUAUACUGCCAACAGCGUUAGUCGAUACUGAGUCUUAUCACAAUCAAAGGCACACUCUCCGAGCUUUAGUGGAUCAGUGCUCGGAAGCUUCCUUCAUUACAGAAAAGGUAGUUAAACAAUUGGGCUUGAGGAAGAUUUCAACAAACAGUAGAGUAACAGGUUUAGGUUGUGCCAAGAGUAUUACUUCACGAACUAUGGUGAUUUUACCAAUACGCUCUCGUAUUAGUCCUUGUUAUAUUAGAAAUAUUAAAGCAUAUGUAGUUGAUAAAAUAACCACUGUAAUUCCAUCCAGGGCAAUUGGGGUUUCUUGGCCAACAUUGAACACGGUAAAAUUAGCUGAUCCGAACUACCAUACACCCAGCUCAAUUGAUCUUCUAUUAGGUGCUGAAGUGUACAGCAACAUAAUGAGAGAUGGUCUCCUCAAAUCCUCUACAGGAACCACAAUCGCACAGAAUACCACAUUAGGGUGGAUUAUAAGUGGCGAAGUAGAAACUUCUAAACAGAACUAUCAUAUAAGAAAGUAUGUAAAUAAAUAUUAGAUGUGUGUUAUUAUAGUAUCUACUUGUACGUUAUUUAUUUUAUUUUAGUCACGAUACAUUAGUGUUUCCUAUAACAGAAUUAGUUCUAUUUAAAAAAGAUUAUAGUUACAGAAAUUGUUUAUUGUGCAAUGAGUAUAAAAUAUGGUCAAAAUAAUGUUCAACAGCUUAUAGAUCGAAUUAAUUUGAAGAUUCUGUAGAUAUAUUAUAAAUUUCUACUUUAUUUUAUUUUCAUUUUAAUGCAUAUGUCUUUAUACAUUUCAGUUAGCUAUCUUAAAACUUGUAUUGUUUAGUGUUAACAUGGUGUUUGCAUUUUGAAGAUGAUAUUGCUUAAACGAAGAAAUCAAAGUAUUAUUUCUUAACUGAUGUAAUUAUUAAUACAGUCCACUAGUUUUAAAUGGUCAGGAUACCUACACUACAAACAAUGUAGGUACACACAAUUUCAUAAGUUUUUGUUACAAAAGGAUGUUUCAUUGUCGUCUUAUGAUGAAUAAUAAUAUUUUUAAGUUUAGUUUGAGAUUCUACAUAAGUUCAUGUAAUUUGAAUAUGAAGAUUAAGACUAGUUUCUUAUUGUAGUAGUUUAUAUUAAGUCAGUCUAUUUGAGUUCAUGAAUUGAAACUUUUCAGUUACGUGCCUGAUUGUAUUUAUGAAAUAGGCUAUGGCGGGCAGUUAAAUUGAAAGACUGUCGUCUUUGGCGGGCAGAAUGUUUAAAAUUGUAUAGCACACUGGCCGCUUACAAAAAAGGUUAAUAUUCAAGUGAAGAAAAAUAGUGAUCUUCUUUUGUUAAUUUUUUCACAAUGGUUGUCAUAAAUUGGAAUUACUCACGAUAUGUUUAAGUUUUGAAUUUUUAUAUUAUAGUUUUAUUUUUAUUUACCAACACGUAGUUAUUUUAUUUUAUCUCGGCAUAUUUCGGUUGAACACAUAUUGUUAAGUUUUUUUUAUCAAGUCGAAGGAAACUAGUUCAAUGCAGUUACCUCUGUGUUGCGUCGUUUCCUUGGAUUAUUUCGAUCUCCUAAAAAUGCCAGCGCCUCGUAAGCAAACCAUGUACUUUUGUACGUUUCAUCCCCACCUGUAAAAUAAAUUACAAUAAAUAAACAAUACAAUAGAAUAUAGUACAUAUAUGUAUAGUAAAAUAUAGUAGAAUAUAGUAAUAUAGUGGGUAUACAAUAGAAGUAAUAAUUGUACUAAUAGCAAGUAAGUGAUAAUACCGUAAAAACUAAAUUAAUAAAUAAAAGUGUGUAAUAUGUAAAGCAACAUAAAUUUAUAAUAAAACAUACCUUUUCCGGAACUAUGGCUCUUCUUUACUUUUCCUUUUUCUCUUCGAUGUGAAGCAAGCAAACUAAUCAUUUUGUUUUUGCAUUCUUCUACAUCUCUUUCCAAUGAAUGAGCAAUAUCACUCCAAGCAUCGUGUUUCAGAUUUUUUUUAUAGUAUUGCGGGUUUUUUGGAUCCCAAAUAACAGGUUUUUUUUGAUACAAACUAAUAAGUUCAAGCGAUUGUUCGUCACUCCACAUCAUGAACGUACAUACGACACAACCGUCACGAACGCCGUCCAAACGAGCACUGCGAGCGUCUUUG